UGAAGUUCUUUUACGCUGACGUACGACGUAACCCGGUUGUGUGAGAGGCAUUGGUUUGACCUAGAGCAGCGGAGAAUAUGGCAGCGGCAGGAAGGCUCUCCUUGACGGUUCGCACCUUCAGCACCAGUGCUGUAAGACCAGUUUCCAAGCUGGUCAUGCCUCCUGUUCAGGUGUUUGGUUUGGGAGGACGUUAUGCCACUGCCCUCUACUCUGCUGCUUCAAAAGAGAAGAAAUUGGAUCAGGUGGAGAAAGAACUGAACAGAGUUGCUACACUUGUAAAGGAUCCCAAGCUUGCUGCAGUUAUUGCAAACCCACACAUCAAACGUGCUCUGAAACAAAAGGCUAUCAAUGAUCUCAUGACAAAGGAGGCUUUUAUGCCCCUCACUACUAAUUUUGUCAAUGUGCUUUCUGAGAAUGGUCGUCUUCCUCAAACUGCAGCCGUAUUAGCUGCAUUUGCAAAGAUUAUGAGUGCACACCGGGGAGAAGUGCUUUGCUCAGUCACCACUGCUUCACCUCUGGAUGAAGCUAGUCUUACUGACUUAAAAACUGCUCUCAAUGGUUUCAUGGCAAAGGGAGAAACACUGAAAUUAGAGACCAAGAUUGACUCUUCUAUCCUUGGUGGAAUGGUUGUUAGCAUUGGAGAUAAAUACAUUGACAUGUCUACGAAAGCGAAGAUCCACAAACUGGCCAAGAUUAUGAAAGAGACUGUAUAAAAAUUCCAUUAAAUAUUUUUCUGCUAUACUUCCCGCAGUGUCUGACCAUAAUGAACCAAUAAAUUCUUAACUAAA